AUGGACAGAACCACCCCACAAACACCCACCGAGCGCCUCGUCACCCUCCGCGCCCACGCCCGCGACCACCAGCACGCCUUCUUCAGCGCAAACUCUGCGCGGGCCCAGCGCCUCUCGGUGCUCAUCUCUGACGCCGAGCAGCACAACGACAAGAUCGAUGCGCUGGGCGCCCGGCAGAAGGGCUUCUGGGACACGUCGCUGUACCUGCGCAUGGUGGCGGUGGUGCUCAACUCGCAGCGUGAGGUGCAGAACUACCAUGAUGAGAGCAUGAGGCUGGAGGAGGACUACCACCGUGUGGUGGAGGAGAUGACGCAGCAGGAGAAGGUGCUCAUGAUGAGGGAGGGGCAGGAGGAGGGAGGCGUAGCUGGAGGAGGGUAG